AUGUCAACAUUAGAAACUAUUCCAAAUGAACUUGUAUUUGAUAUAUUUAAAUAUUUAGAUCCAUUACAUGUUCUCUAUUCAUUUUCAAAUUUAAAUUAUCGUUUUAAUAAAUUAUUAUAUUCUUAUGAAAUGUAUUUAUCAUUCACAUCAUCUACUAUUAAUGAAAAUAUAUUUAGACAAGUAUUUGCUAUGCCACAUAUUCGUUCAAAUGUUCAUUCAUUAAUUUUAACAAAUGAAAAACAAAUUCAAUCAUUUUCUAAAACAAUUGUACGAAAAUUAGAUAAUUUAUUUCCCUAUAUUGAAUGUUUAAAAAUAAAAAAUUUAAGAAAUUUAACAAAUCUUAAAGAUUUAUUUAAUUUUUCACUUAAUUAUUUAAUUAAUUUAGAAUUAUAUGUUUUUAAUAUAUCAACAAUAAUUGAAUAUAUUCAUUUUACACGAAAUUCAUUUCCAUCAUUAAAAUAUUUAUCAAUAUUUUGUAAAGAUGAAAAUACACCAUUAGUAAAUAAUGAACAAUGGAAUAGUAAAUUAGUAAAACAAUCUUUAGAAAAAUUAGAUACAUUUCAUUUUCGAAUACAAUUUAUUAAACCAACAAUAACAAUUGAACAAAUUUUAGAACCAUUUCAAGAACAGUUUUGGAUAAUAGAUAAAAAAUGGAUAGUAAAAUGUGAUUAUAAUUUGGAUAAUUCUCAAUAUGUAUUAUAUACUAUACCAUAUGGAUUUAGAUUAAUGUCAACAGUAACAUAUGAUAUUUUAGAAACACGAUCAACUCUCAAAGAGCAAAGUAAAGAUAUUGAUUAUAGUGGAUAUUAUUCAAAUGUUCAUAUAUUAAAUUUAACAUUAUCAUGUAAUAAUAUUGUUACAUCAUUGUAUGAGUAUUUAUUUGAUUAUACAAAAAUGUUUCCCAAUGUUAAACAUUUAAUAUUAACUCAAGAUAAAUUAGAUGUUUAUUAUCAAGCUGAUUAUCCUUUAGUUAAUUGUUUUCCAAAUUUAGUAUCAUUAACAUUUACAUGUACUAAAUUUAAUUCAUUUAAAACCAUUCCAUCAUCAAUACUUUCAUGUCUUUUAUCAUCUCCAAAUGUACGACGUUUAAAUUCUAUAAGUUCAAAACAAUUAAUUGAACUUAUUAUUAGUGAAAAUAAAACAAGUACUAAAAAUAUAACUUAUUUAUCAACAGGUGAUGUAUUUGAUCGUUUUGAUUUAAUUGAACAAAUGCAACAAACAUUUCCAAAUUUACAACAAUUACAAAUUUACAUAUCAGACACGUCAGAUAUUAAUCAAAUAUUGAAAACAUUUAAAAAAUUACGUUGUUUAUCUGUUCUUCAACAUUAUGAACGGCUUAAAUUGUGGCGUGAACAAAAUCGAACAAUAUAUCGAACAACAUAUGAUAAUGCUUGGUUGAAAAUUUUCUUGUAA